AUUCAGAGAAGUUGCUUGUGCGGUCCAGGUUUUGAACUGGUUUUGCGAGCUUGUUUGAGAAUAAUCUGCCAACAGUUGAUCACUGACUGGUCUGAAUCGCAGAUAUUACCUAAAAAGAAGUCACGUAAAUAAAAUCUCUAUGAAGCGACGCGUUACACUCCGGACUGCCAUCAAAAUCACCAAAUACACAAUAACUCCUAUAGCUUCGUGGCCAUUGCCGCCCGAAGCCUCCACCUUGGAAGUCGUGUUGCACAACUUUUGCUGGUGGUUUUCAAUCCUUCACACGACAUUGACUUCUUCCGCCUGGUUUUAUAACAUUUAUAUCCACAGAGAUGAUCCUGACACGAUCAUUAAGGUUUUGUCAGAGAUUGGAGCCAUAUACUCUACGGUAUUCAAAAUGUUGAUCUGCAAAAUAGAAGCUCCACGUCUGCAGCCUCUACCAGGAGACGCUGCAUAUCCAUUUUCAAUAGAGCCAACUUGGAUUUGGAUGAUCCUGUACGCUUCGCACAGCCUGAUCAUAGUCCAGGUCGGAUGCAUGGCAAUACUCGACUUCAUGUUUGCAAUUCUACUGUGGUAUGCCGGUGCCAGAUUUGAAAUGCUUGGAUCAGAAUUUCAAAAGGCAACUAAUGAAAGCGAUGUUAAACGCUGUGUCCAAAAGCAUCAAGAUCUGAUAAAAUACGUGGAUAAACUGAAACUCACAACGCGUAUUAUGGCUCUGGAAGUCACUACUAUUGCACUUUUCGCCGUCACCACAGGAGGCUUCGUUCUUAUCCGUGUAAGGUUGAGACUGCAUCUGAAUACCCACAUUACGUUCAUGGCGAAGUAUAUUUUCUUCGAGAUCGUUUCCGCUUUGGAACUCUUCUUAUUCACCUGGCCAGCAGAUAAUUUGAUCGAUAAGAGCGAGAAGGUCGGAUACGCAGCUUAUAACUGUACCUGGGAAGGAAAAUCGCCUGGCAUGCUUCAGGACUUAUUAAUCGUCAUGCUCCGAGCUAAAUCCCCGAUGAUCAUAGCGAUUGACGGCUUACUUCCAAUCUUGUCACUUGAACUCUACGGAUCCACGCUGUCGGCGAGUUUCUCCUAUCUCACAAGCCUGCGAGCUGUCGCUGCUACUUAGUCAAAGCUCGACAGGAUCGCGUUCAUCGGUAGAACG